CCUUCAUUGAAUUCACUGAAGAAGAGCUCAUUAUGAAUCGGAACAACACAACUUUUAACAUUUUGGAGACGAUACCAACUGAAAUACAUUUACGUUGUGGUUUAGAGAUAAAGGAAUCGCAAUAAUGGCCUCUGACGACGAGAUUAAUAUUCUGGUCAUUGUGUUAGAUGUAAACCCUAUCUGGUGGGGCCAGCAAACUCAGCGGGAACCUCAGUUUACUCUUUCGACGUGCCUGGAUUCUUUGAUGGUCCUGGCAAAUGCCCAUUUAGUGAUGUCAAGAACCAACAAACUAGCUGUCAUUGCAAACCUGUAUCAAAACAGCCACUUUCUAUAUCCAAGUAAGCAGUGGAGAUCGGGGGAGGAGAUCUCCACAAGCAGCGACGGCAAAUACGAACUUCUGUCAGUUACCAAUGAUCUCUUUGCAGAAGAGAUUAGGAAUCUCAUGGACAGAACAGAGGUCAAUGGCAGUCAAACGGACAGCCUGCUGGCCGUAUCACUCGCCAAAGCUCUGUGCUAUAUUCAUCGAGUCUCAAAGGAUGUGCAAGCCGGACAGGACGUGAAAUCGAGGAUUCUGGUCAUAAAAGCUGCUAAGGAUUCCACUCUGCAGUACAUGAACUUCAUGAAUGUGAUCUUCGCGGCACAAAAGAAGAACAUCCUGAUCGACGCCUGUGUGUUGGAUGCUGAUUCAGGACUACUGCAGCAGGCUUGUGACAUAACCGGAGGCUUGUAUCUCAGGAUCCCCCAGAAGAUUGCUCUCACGCAGUAUUUGUUGUGGGUAUUUUUACCAGACGCAGACCAGAGAUCCCAGCUGUUGCUGCCUCCUCCAGUACACGUAGACUACAGGGCCGCUUGCUUCUGCCACCGGAACCUCAUAGAAAUUGGCUACGUCUGUUCAGUGUGCCUUUCAAUAUUCUGUAACUUCAGUCCAAUUUGCACAACAUGCGAGACGGCCUUUAAAAUGCCCCUGCCUCAGAUGGCCAAAACAAAGAAGAAAAAAGUCAAAACGGCAAACUGACCCCAUCAAUAAACGUAUUUAGUAUUUAAUAGCAUACUUUUUUACUGUGUAAUUUGAAGUUGUGUAAAAAUAAUAACGUUAUAUGUUCAUUUGAACAAUAUGUUUUGGUAUCGUAGACCUCUGAAUCAAAGCCAGAGAAUAC